CACGAUUUGAUAUUGCAGCACCAUAACUGCAGGAAAUGUCAUAGAUCUCCGAUAAUCUACACAGCCAUGGCCGACGAUGGCAUGCUCCUUAAUUUCGAGGUGGGCGAUGGCCCUCUUGCGCCGGAAGCCAAGCUGAAAGGCGGAAACUGGAAAGCCCGCAUGCAGGCGAGGAACGCGGAGAAGAGACGGACGUUUAAUCGCUUCACGAGAGCAUAUGGAGGUGACGAAUCGGCAGAAGGAGGUCUGGAGAAAAAUGGUCCUGCCGAUGCCUCCCAGAGGCCUGUUAAGCGGCAGAGAGUGGAGGAGCAGGGUUAUGGUGAACCGCGAUAUACGAAGCCCUCUGGGGGAACCGGACCUCACUUCCAAAGACCCGAGAAGGGCGCCCAAGGUUCGAAGCCAUUUGUGGCGUCUCUAUUUUCGUACAACCCUGCGAACGCGCCGCCCGUCCCAGCGGACAACACUUGCGAUAUUGCUCCCUCGAACGUCGAGGCAUCGAAUGCACCCCUCGAUCCUGAGGCGUAUAACUUCAUAAACCUUGGUGUCAGCCCGACCAUUGCCGGACAUCUGACAAAGAAGAUGGAAUUUAAAGCUCCGACGGCGGUGCAGAAGUCGGCAAUCCCGAAGCUGCUGGAAGGUGAUGCAGAUGCUUUCAUCCAAGCCGAGACGGGUUCGGGGAAGACUUUGGCAUAUCUGUUGCCUCUCGUCCAGAAGAUCAUGGAUCUGCAGGAGACACGCGGAACCGGCAAUCUUUCACCUACAAAAGUCUCUCGCGAUUCGGGACUCUUUGGUAUCAUCCUCGCACCCACUCGGGAGCUUUGUAAGCAGAUCGCAACAGUUCUUGAAACACUCCUACGAUGUGUCAUAUACAUCGUUCCCGGGACAGUCUUCGGUGGAGAGAACAAGCAAAAGGAAAAAUCCAGGCUUCGGAAAGGUCUGAACAUCCUCGUAGCGACGCCGGGACGACUUAUCGACCACUUGCAAAAUACGAAGAGCUUGGAUUUGAGCCUCGUCAGGUGGCUGGUGUUGGACGAAGGCGAUCGAUUGAUGGAACUCGGGUUCGAAGAUGAUAUCAAGCAGCUGUUGGGUCGCUUGGAUGAGAACAUGAGUGCCGGACAGUUUAAGGCCUCUCGAUUUCAAAACCUGCCGCAGAAACGGACGACGAUCCUCUGUUCUGCGACCAUGAGGAUGGAUGUACAGCGAUUGGGCGACAUGAGUCUACGAGACGCGAUCCAUGUUCAAGCAGACAAUUCGCAACCGCAAAUUGAUGGCGAGAACUCUGGAUCCGACGGUGACAAGAAGGCUGUGGAAACCCAGUUCCUCGCGAAUCGCCAGCUCAAUCAGUCUUACCUUGUCACGCCUCCGAAGCUUCGGCUCGUAUCGCUGGUAGCGCUGAUCCGACGGGCACUCACACAGCGACCUCCGGCGAAGAAGAUUAUCGUCUUUAUCUCCUGCGCAGACUCUGUCGAUUUCCACUUCACCACCCUGACCAUGCCUUCACUAGUCGGGAUACCUCAAACUCAACCCCCUUCUCAUUCUCUUCCCGGCUCUGACACCACCUCCCUCCCUGCUGCUCUUCUCGCUCCUUCAUCCACGGGUUCCUCGACCCCAGAAACACCCAUUGUAUUCCGAUUGCACUCCUCCCUCCCACAAUCCCUCCGUCAGAGCACCCUUACCGCAUUCACCCGCACCACCACCCCCGCUAUCCUCCUCACCACCGAUCUCUCCUCCCGCGGCCUGGACCUCCCCAUCGAUCUCGUCGUCGAACUCGAUGCCGCCGCCUCCCUCUCCGAGCACCUCCACCGUGUCGGCCGAACAGCUCGCGCCGGGCGCGAAGGCAAAGCUACCGUACUUCUCUCCCCCGGUCUCGAAGAAGGCUACGCUGAAGCGCUAAAAGGGUGCGUGCACAAAGACCUCGAUACCGGCGUCGGCGUGCCGGUCCGGCGCGAGGAAGCAGAGGGGAUCCUUUCAAGAGUGUUCUCCGUCCCGGACGCGAGCGGCGCGGGAGACAACGGGCCGAAGAAAACAAAAGCAAGCAAAGACGACUGGCGCACCCGCGCGACGGACCUGCAGAUGUACAUCGAGCGAUGGAUUGCGGCGGACACCAAGGCACACGAGCUGGCCAUCCGCGCGUUCCAGAGCCACGUGCGCGCGUACUCGACGCACGUGGCGAGCGAGCGGAAGUGGUUCGAUGUGAAGGAUCUGCAUUUGGGCCAUGCGGCGAAGGCAUUUGGAGUGCGGGAGGCGCCAGGGAAUAUGAAUAUGAAGGGGAUGAGAGGGAAGAAGAAUGGGAAGGGUGCUCCACCGAGGACUUUUGACAAAGAUGGAGGGAAGGCGAGGGGGAAGGAUGUGGAUAGGGAAGCGUCUGAGGUGGAUAGCGGGAAAAGGCAGAGAGAUGAUGGGGGUGGCGAUGGGAUGGGCCAGGCGGAUGUGGGUGAGGCGAAGAGGAAGAUGAGGAAGACAAUGAAUGCCAUGAUGGCUGGGGCUUCCGAGUUCAAUUUAGGAUAGAGGGGGAAAGUGCGACGAAGGUCGUGAGCCGCAACCCCAACAAUGCGUAAUCUAUUCAUUGAUAUCAUUCCACACUAAGUCCCAUCUAUUAUCUAGUACGUUUGUGCUAGUAUAUCUCCC